AUGCCUAAUGCUCAAACAACAGGUUUAAGUGAAGAUUUGAAUCUUAUUGGUAAUCAAUACAAUUGGGCUCUUACGAUGUUCCUUAUUGGAUAUAUUAUUUUACAGAUCCCUGCAAAUUAUAUUAUUGCUUGUCUUUAUGACCUUCGUAUUUGCCUUGGCUUUACGGAGGCUGCAUUUUACCUGUGUAUUGUCUUCUUACUUGGUUCCUGGUAUACUAAAGAGGAACUUAGUACGCGUACCGCUGUCUUUGUGUUGCAGGUUCGCAAAUAUCCGGCGCCUUUAGUGGUCUUAUUUCUGGAGCCAUUUCUCAAAGUCUUGAUAGUAUGCGCGGUUGGAAAUGGCUUUUUCAUUAUUGAUGGAAUUAUUGUUGUCAUUAUUAGUGUUAUCGGCUUCUUUGAUGAAAUGCAAGAGUUGGCAAUAACGCGUCUUGAGCGACAAGGUCGAAGUAGUCUCGUUAGUGGACUGAGCAUGAAUACAUUUCGUAAAUUAUGGGAUCAAUAUGGAAAUCGUGCAUAUCAUAUUAUAGCAUUUUGGUGUAUUGUCUUGGUCGCUGUGAAUGCUGGACAUGUGCCAGUUACCCUUUUGUUGGUCUGCGCCUAUUUGGUCUCUCCUAAUGUGAGUAAUGCACCAGCUUAUCGCUUAGGUAAAAUCGUCACAAUGGCCUUGACGGUAGUAAUGAUCCUCUUAUGUCUUUUCACUUUUACCUUACAAGUCAAGCAAAUCAUGAUUCCAAAGGCGCCACAACGUAUUAUAGAUGAAGAAAUGAAUAAGUCGAAAAGAACAUCGAUUACAAAUGACGAUGAAUUGUAA